AUGGCACCAGUAGGAGGUGCAUCACAUUUCGACCAGGCGGCUCUCCAGCGCCGCCAGGCCUUGCAAGGCUCUUCUGGUCCAGCCGCCCUGGUCAAGAAUGCCAAGGUCUUUGGCAUUGCUUGCUUUGCAUGCUUGGGAGGACUGCUCUAUGGUUACAACCAAGGCGUCUUCUCUGGCGUACUUACCAUGUAUAGCUUUGGCACCCACAUGGGCCCGUGGGUAGAGAACCAGACUAAGAAGGGUUGGUUGACGGCGAUCCUCGAGCUUGGAGCUUGGUUUGGAACCCUCUACUCUGGUUUCCUGGCCGAAAUUAUAUCACGAAAAUAUGCUAUUCUGGUCAACACCGCUAUAUUCAUCAUUGGCGUCGUUAUUCAAUGUGUAGCUGUGACUGGAGCGGGCGCCAGUGCUAUUCUGGGAGGUCGUUUCAUCACUGGUAUGGGCGUUGGUAGCUUGAGCAUGAUUGUACCGAUGUACAACGCUGAGGUAGCGCCGCCUGAGGUCAGAGGCGCUCUCGUUGGCCUUCAGCAGCUUGCGAUUACCACCGGUAUAAUGAUCAGCUUCUGGAUCGAUUAUGGGACGAACCACAUUGGCGGCACAGGAUCGGGUCAGCAAGACGCAGCUUGGUUGGUCCCUCUCGCCUUGCAGCUCGCUCCUGCGGUACUCCUUGGUGGGGGCAUGCUCUUUAUGCCUUUCAGUCCGCGUUGGCUCGUCCACCAUAAUCGAGAAGCUGAGGGUCGACGAAAUCUGGCCAGCCUCAGAGGCCUACCGCAGGAUCAUGAGCUCAUUGAGCUUGAGUUCCUCGAAAUCAAGGCCCAGUCACUCUUUGAGAAGCGUUCCACAGCUGAAGCCUUUCCUGGUCUGUCCGAUGGCUCCGCUUGGUCGACGGUCAAGCUCCAAUUCAUUGCUGUGGGAUCUCUUUUCAAGACCAUGCCAAUGUUCCGCCGUGUCAUCCUCGCCACUGUGACCAUGUUUUUCCAGCAGUGGACGGGAAUCAACGCCAUUCUCUACUACGCCCCUCAGAUCUUUGCAGGCCUAGGACUCUCUUCUAAUAGCACUUCUCUUCUGGCCACUGGCGUGGUUGGUAUCGCAAUGUGGCUUGCUACCAUCCCUGCCGUCGCAUAUGUCGAUAAGGUCGGACGAAAGCCCAUCCUGAUUUCUGGAGCGAUCGGAAUGGCGACAUGCCACAUGAUAAUUGCUGUGAUAACGGCUAAAAACGAGGACUCGUGGGAGUCUCACAAAGCAGCAGGCUGGGCGGCCGUUAGUAUGGUGUGGCUUUUUGUCGUUUUCUUCGGCUAUUCCUGGGGUCCGUGCGCUUGGAUUGUCAUAGCAGAGAUUUGGCCGCUCAGUCAACGACCAUACGGCAUCGCGCUUGGUGCGAGCAGCAAUUGGAUGAUGAAUUUUGUGGUCGGACAGGUUACGCCGGACAUGCUAACGUCCCUACGGUACGGGACCUACAUCUUCUUUGGUGGCCUGACCUUCCUGGGCGCAGCUUUCAUCUGGAAAUUCUUCCCAGAAACCAAGGGCCUGUCUCUUGAGGAGAUGGACGUUCUGUUCGGCUCCAAGGGCUUUGCACAAGCCGAUACUGAGAGAAUGAGAGAGAUCCACCGCGAGAUUGGAUUGGAAGAAGUGGUACGCCAAGGAAGCGUCGCUCACACGCACGACACCUGGAAUGAGAAAGCUGGCAUAAAGCACAAAGAGUCGGAAGAAUUGUAA